AUGUUUAUAUAUAUCGCUGCCCCGAGUGAAGCUAAAGAUAAACUCAAGGUUCAGUGUGGUCCUACUGAUGACAUAAAGGUCAUUAGGAAGAUUAUUUUUGAGCAUUUUGGAAAAGGAUAUAAACCAAAUUGUCAAAGGUUGAUAUUUGGCGGCAAACAACUUGAAGAUGGCUACACCCUGUUUCAUUACAACAUCAAAAAUACCAACACCAUCCAAUUAUUCAAGAAGUUAAAAAAGACUUCGAAGCAAUCUUCUGUAUCCACCAUAGUUUCUAAAUCUUCCGAACAAGUAGUUGACAAUCCUGUGCAAGAUACCCAUAAUUUUGAUAUUGGAGACUAUGUCUGUGAAGAAUGCAACAAUGAUCCUCGUAAAAAUUGUAAAAAUUGUGGAUGCAAUACUUGUGGAGGAAAAGAUGAAGAAGAACACACAAUUGUAUGUGAUGAGUGCCAAUAUUACUUCCAUUUUAGAUGCCUGGAUCCUCCUCUCGAAAAGUUACCGGAAGAGGAAUAUUGGUAUUGCGCAUAUUGUAAACAUCAGGACGAGGACGUUAUCUUAGCGGGUCAAGGGUUGGACCUUAAAAAAUCCAAAAAAUCCAAGAUGCCGUCCGCAUUUCAAAAGAAGAAGUGGGGUGGUGGAAUGGCAUGCGUUGGACUCUCCAAGAGGUGCGAAAUCGUGGGUCCCGAUCACUUUGGAGCCAUUCCCGGUAUUCCAGUAGGGUCAUCAUGGAAAUACAGAAUCAGCUGUUCAGAAGCUGGAGUUCAUCGUCCUCUCGUCGCUGGGAUUGCGGGUAAAAGUUUAGUUGGAGCAGUAUCGAUUGUACUCAGCGGUGGUUAUCCUGAAGACACGGAUAAUGGGUUUGAGUUUAUCUAUACCGGGUCCGGUGGUAGGGAUCUUAAAACAGGCAAUAAGCGUACAGCCGAACAAACCUCGGAUCAAAAGCUUACUAAAACCAAUUUAGCUCUCGCGUUAUGUUCUGAUGCAGAAGUUGAUAGUGAAAGGGGGGCAAAGGCCAACGAUUGGAAAAAAGGUAAACCAAUUCGAGUGUGCCGAAGCGAGAAAUUAAAAAAGCAUAAUUUGCAAUUCGCACCUACAGAAGGAAUAAGAUAUGAUGGCCUAUAUAAAGUCGUUAGAUAUUGGCCUGAAAAAGGCAAGGCUGGAUUUAUCGUGUGGCGUUAUGAAAUGCGACGCGAUGAUGAUGAGCCUGCGCCUUGGACAACGGAGGGUAAAAAACGUAUUGCUGAACUUGGGUUGACGAUGUACGUACCCGAGGAGUUGAAGGAUGAAGAAACGAAGAAGCGUAAAUCGAAUGAGGACGGACCCCCAUCCAAGAAAACAAAGACGAAAGUUUAUAAGCCAACGAAAGAAUUUAUGAAACUUGUUAAAAAAGAUGUUAGAAAUGCACGUGUUUGGGGUGCUGUUAUGGAAAAGGAUUUUUCAACAGUUGCGGACUUUCUUUCUAUCAUGGAGGAGGAGUUUAAAUGCCCGGUCUGCAUUGAAAUGGUUCAAAAUCCUGUUACAACUCUGUGCGCGCAUAAUUAUUGUUUUGAUUGUCUCGCACAAUCUGUUCAAAAAUUUGGAAACAAGUGUGUGCAAUGCCGUGAGGAAUUUAGUUCUGAAAAGUUUGUGAUUAACGAAGAUUUAGUUACUGCAUUGGAAGCAAUGAUUCCUACAUAUAAGAAUGGUCAAAGUUUCCACUAA